ACUCAUUAUCCAUACACACACUCUAGCUCACAUCUUCCUUUUUUGUUUUUAAACAUAAAAUUCUUCAAUUAGUCUUUUUGUGUACUAUAAUCAAUCACUUUACUAGCUAGCUAUUCACAUAUAAGUAGUUGAUUUUCAUCUCAACUCUUUUUUGUAAGUCUCAGCUCAGUUUGCCAUGACUACUACUACACUUGUCCUGUUGGUGGUUUCAUGCUGCUUCUUGUGGUUGAGUCUAUCGUCAGCAGCAAAAGUGGUUAAUCCACAGAUCACUGUCAUGGGUAUGGUUUACUGUGACAUUUGCUCCAAUAAUUCCUUCUCCAGGCACAGCUACUUCAUGCCAGGUGUAGAAGUGAAAAUAGAGUGCACCUUCAAGGCAAUGGCGACAAGGACGGCAGAACUAGUAUCAGUGUCAGUGAACAGAACUACUAACAAAUAUGGAGUUUACAGGUUGGAGAUACCUUCUGUGGAUGGAAUAGAGUGUGCUGCUGAGAAAGCAGUGGGCAAUUCCUGCAGGGCUAGCCUUAUUGGAAGCUCAUCUUCUUUCUGUAAUGUACCUGGCUCUACAAGAACCACUACUGAUGAGAUUACAAUCAAAUCUAAACAAGCAAACAUGUGCAUCUAUAGUCUCACUGCUUUGAAUUUCAGACCUUCUAAGAGAAAUGUUGCUCUCUGUGGAAAUUAGAACUCCAACUAUCUUAUUUCCUUAUUAUAUGUCUUCUCUCAUUCCCAUUUAUAGGGAAUAUAUAAUAUGUAUAAUUCAUGUCCCUUUUUAUUUCCAGUAAUCAAAAGCUAUGCUGUUAAAUACAA